AUGUAUCGGAAGAUUGUGGGUAGCUUGAUUUAUCUCACUUUGAUGAGACCCGAUAUUUCAAACGUUGUGGGAGUUCUCAGCAAGUUCGUGCAAAAUCCUAGGAAGCCACAUCUCGAUGCAGUAAGACGUGUGCUUCGAUAUGUGAAAGGGAAUCCAAGCUAUGGUGUUUUAUUUGAAAGGGAGUCCAAGAUCGAGUUAACCGGGUAUUAUGAUGCUGAUUAUGCUCGUGAUUUAGAUACCCGACAUUCAACGAGUGGUUAUAUGUUUAUGAUUAGUAAUGGAGCGGUCUCCUGGUGUAGUAGAAGACAGCCUACUGUUUCUUUGUCAACACCUGAAGCGGAGUACCGUGCAACCGUGUUAGCAGCCCAGGAAUGUACAUGGUUGGUAAGAUUAUUAAAGGAGUUGAAUCAAGAGAUAGAGAAUAAAUUCGUAAUGCGUGGAGAUAAUAUUUCGUCCAUUUGUUUGGCUGAAAAUCCGACGUUUCAUGCUCGUUCUAAACGUAUUGAAGUGCAUUACCAUUACAUUCGAGAGAGGGUGCUAAAUAGAGAGGUUGAUAUAAAGUACAUAAAUACUGAAGAACAACUAGACGAUAUGCUAACAAAAAGAUUGUUAAGGAAGAAGAUGACUAAGUUCUAUGAAGGCUUCGGAAUGGCUAGUGCAAGCGUUGAGAGGGAGUAUUGA